AUGCCUGCAACCCCGAGCAAGGUGAAGGCCAAGAAGUGCCAAAAGGCAUGUAUACGAUGUCGGGGUAUGAAAGUCAAGUGCUCAGGAUCCUAUCCCUGCAUACGAUGUACUCGCAAGAAGCAACACUGCCAAUUCCCUGCCGAGGAUGUGCGGGUCUCUGUAUCGGAGCGAUACCUCCGCCAUUUGGAAGAGCAAUUAUCGGAAAGGAAUAGUAACUUGCGUCAUCAGGAUAACUCUGGUCAUAAUAACCUCGUUGGCUCGCCCUAUGUUGGGGAGAGUGAGAUCGAUCUAUCUACCCCUCAUGAUUCCCAAUUUCUCUUAGAGGAUCAGCCAACAGUGCGGUGGAGGGAAUCCAUACAUGUUCAAACCCUGGACACUUCUCUGCACACUCCUACUACAGCUCAUCUACAGCGAGCGCAGGCUGGGGGAGACCCUGAUCUAGAGCAAGAUGGACAUCGUUCAAGGUUUUCACGAAAUCCUCUCGUUGAUAAAGACCCAUCAUUUGCACGGACUCCAGAUGGUAGAUUUUGGUACAUGGGUCCUACUUCGUCUUGGUCCUUCUGUCGCCGCGUUUUACGUCUCAUCGGAAGGCAUGUACCGGAAUCUAACUGCCCACCAGACCCAUGGCAUCUGGACGGAAUGGCAUUCAAGCUUCAAUGGAGACCAUUGCCUCCAGAUGAAAUACCUGAUGUGACUAACCUUCCACCACUCGACUAUGCCCUGUUUCUUUUCAACACAGUAAAGUUCUAUUUUGGAUUCCUCUCGUUCAUGAUCGAUGAAGAAGCCUACCUGCAAGAUCUGCAUGAAUUCUAUAAGGACCCGUCUGCGAAAGCUGCUUCUGCGAGGUAUUGGUACGUCCAAUAUCUCUUGGUUCUCGCAUUUGGAAAAGCGUUCCUUACGAACAAGAAUCCCUCUGGAACCCCCCCAGGCCAUCAAUAUGCCUCGAGGGCAAUGUCACUAUUACCGGAUCUGUCUGGAAUGCACGAGGAUCCUUUGACAUGUAUUCAAGCACUCAGCUUAGGGGCGGUGUAUUUGCAAUCCAUCGACAUGAGACGAGCGGCCUUCCAACAUAUUGGCCAGGCGUUACGGGGCUGCAUAAUUGAAGGCAUUCAUCGGCACGUUCCUGAGGAGUUAGGCGGGCCAGAGCUCUCAAGCCGUUGUAGGACGAUAUUUUGGGUGGUCUAUAUGCUGGAUCGUGAAUUUUCAGCUCUUAUUGGGGCUCCUAGCUCCAUCCGAGACGAGGACAUCACAGUCCGCCUACCUGCAGAUGUCGAGAACUCGGUGGAACAUAUCAACCUGACAUUACAUGUGCGGCUAUCCAGGUUGAUGGCUCAAAUUCUGACAACGGUCUACGGAGUUGGGGAUGAAUUCAACGGAACACUCAUCCGGAACACUCAAUCGAUUCUCCACAGCAUGGCAGAGCUGUCGCAUGAUCUCACGGCCUUUCUUAAUACUCACUUCCAUGGGCUUAUUAGCCGAGCUUCAAAGAUGGCAAUACGACUUAUGCUCGCCCAUCAUCAUUGUAUCGUCCUUACCACAAGGCCUCUGGUUAUGUGUGCUCUCAAUAUGCAUAUAGAACGCACCGAGAGACAGGCAUCUCAAAGUAUUGGCCUUUCGCCGCCUGUCGCUUCUCUCCUGCAAUGCUGUGCAGACUCGGCCCAGACAAUACUCCAAACGCUUCAAACCCUCGCUGAUGACGACUUGUUGGAUGCAUUCCUACCUUUUCAAAUCGAAGAUGCAUCCUCAUCCGCAUUUGUUCUAUAUCUGAUUCGAGCAAUCGCACCCUCGCUAAUCCAACGUGAUACUUGGUGCGACCAUUUGAAUUGUGUUUUAGAGAAACUCAUCGCAAAGGGAAAUCCGGCUGCACCACUACGAAGGCAAGAGCUAAGGCAGCUCGAGCAGAUUCUUGCACCUUUAACCCCUAGGUCUACUUCGAGUCCCCUUCCUCCCGUGAAUCUCCAUCGGGAUACACAAGAAAGUGAAGACACGUAUGGAUUGGAUUCAGUCGAUGUAGGUGAUGGUUUCGAAUGGGAUCUGCUGGGGCUCAAUUCCUCGGUCAGCUUGCCACCAAGGGAGCUAUUGGAUCUUGCGGAUCAAUUAGACGUUGAGAGUAUUAUGCAUUCGGUGGGAUCUUAUGUUGGUUGA